UUUGUAAUGGCGGACAAGGAAACAGAAAAUCCGUUUGGACUUUGCAAAAAUGACGCAGACUUUUUAAAGUACUUUCACACAUGCAUAAAAGAACUUCGAGGAUUGGUGAUCAGUAAUAUAGAAUAUUACCAACGUGGAAAAUCCAGCAUUCAUGCUUGUUACUAUGCAACUUCUUGCAUUUUAUUGGAAAGAACUCAAGUUUUAGAACCACUGGUGAUAGAUAUCGUUCCAAAACUGGGAAAUUAUGACUUUUCUGAGACAGUUCAGGCAAAUGGAUAUCGGAGUUUUAUAAGUAUUGUCAAUAGGUGCUGUGGACAUUUGCUGCAGCUGUGCCGGCAUAUAAACAUUAACAAGAGUAGUUUACUGUUUCGCUCAUCACAUUACCUGAAAGAACUGGAAAGCUAUGUUGAAGUAUUAGGACAAUUGAUGGCUUUUCUAGGGUACCUGCAGCAGCUGAUGUUGUUAAGUAAAGAUGGAGAUUUAUUUUUGGACAAUGAUGAGGCAGUUGGUGAUGAUUUACUGCUCGAGGUAGAGAUGUUGAACACUGACUGCUUCUAUGGAAGGUGUAUGGGUUUUCAGUUUAGUGAAUCAAUGCAGAAGGUGUUACAGAUGGUUGUAAUUGCCAUGGCAACAUUUAGUGAAUGUUAUGAGGAGACUUCUCAAGUGAUCCAGAUUGCUUCGUCUUUAUUCAACAGUGGAAAAUACCUAGCUGAUUAUGAUCUUAGAGCAAAGCAGGUUGUAGACAUCACAAGGACAGGUGAUAUCAAAUUUUGUAAACAAUUCUGGUCAAUUACAGAGUCCCCGCUACUUCAUCAAGUUCGAUCUUUUACCUUUCCUCAUGUAGAGGUGAGUGAGGUUAUUUCCCUUGAACCAGAAAACUUUGAUUUACCAACUGCUGAAGGACAGGAUGAUACAGUGACUAUAACUCCGCCUUGUGCCCACACAGGUCCCGCCCCUAUCAAAGUCAGACUCAUCUCUCAUGCUUUAAGAGAAGGAAUGCAAGUGACUAGGAAAAUGUUUCAGCCAAAGACAGGAAGUUCAAAACCUGUUGUGUUACCACCGUCACCUGGGCUGUUGUUCCACUGCCACGGUGGUGGGUUUGUUGCCCAGUCUUCACAAUCCCACGAGAAUUAUCUACGUGUAUGGGCGAGAAAACUUGAGAUGCCAAUCCUGUCUGUAGAUUAUGCCUUGGCACCAGAUCUCCCAUUUCCACGUGGGUUAGAGGAAAGCUUCUAUGCUUAUGCUUGGGCUUUAAAAAAUCCAGAGAAA